AUGUACAAAAAGGAUCUAAUAGCAAUAUAUAAGGACAAAAUAAAUAAUAUAAUUCAGAAAAUAUAUAAACAAUUUAAAUCAUAACCUUAAAAUUACGUAAUUUACAUAUGUUAAGACAAAUUGAUAGGAUCAUAAUAAUACCUUGAAUCACUUUAAAAUACUUCCAGUAUUACUCAAUAAAUUAAUAUUGUAAUUCAAUUCAAUAUAUCAUCUGAUCGAUUAUUAAGAAGGAAAUGAACAUAUUGAUGAAUUUCAAUUGCACAUUAAAAAUACUAAAAUUUUUAGAAGUUCUUUAAGUGCUGAAGUUUUUGGAAUCCACAAUAAAAGAGAUCUUGAUAAGUUAUACCGAAGACGACAGAAUAUGAAUAAUAAAUAUUAAAAAAACUUAUAAAGUGUUUAUAUUUCAUGUUCUUGA